AUGAAAACUCCAUUCCUUCAAUGCCUUUUCUUCAUAUCCUUGCUAUCAGUAGGGGGCUUCAGCAACAUCACAGUGGUGGCAGCCCAAGCCCAAUGCAUGAGUGAUCAGAAAAUAUUGUUGCUGCAGUUGCGGAGCAGCCUGGAGUUCAACUCAACAGCUUCAACCAAGCUUGCACGCUGGAACCACACCACAGAUUGUUGUGAUUGGCCUGGGGUGGAAUGCGACACCUCAGGUCAUGUAAUCACCUUGAUUCUCGACAAUGAAGCCAUUACAGGUGGUAUUGACGAUUCAAGCUGUCUAUUCAGUCUUCAAUACCUUGAGACCCUAAAUUUGGCUUUCAACAGAUUCACAUCUGACAUUCCAGUUCAGAUCUAUAAUCUUACCAACUUGAAAUAUCUCAAUUUGUCACAUGCUAAUUUUGGAGGGAUCCCCAAUGGAAUAUCAAGACUCACAAGGUUGGUAACUCUUGACCUCUCAAUCUUCUAUGAAUUGGAUCAGACACUUACACUUGAUCUAAAGCAAUUCUUUAAGAACUCGACUCAACUCAGACAAAUUUAUCUUGAUGGUGUUGAUCUUUCCAGUACAGUAGUAGUUCCAAAAUUCUUAUCCAAUUUCUCUAACCUCAAGACCUUGAGCCUCAGUGGUUGUAACCUGCGGGGAGAAUUCCCAAGAGAGAUAUUUCUGAUGCAAGGUUUAGAGGAAUUGAUUUUGGGAUACAAUCAGAACCUUCGUGGUGAAUUCCCAUCAUUUCCUGAGAAUGGAUCACUUAGGAUGAUCUCUGUAGCUGUCACUCAAUUUUCUGGUUGCUUGCCACCAUCCAUUAGUAAUCUUAGCAACCUGUCCAGGUUAGAUCUCAACAGCUGCAAAUUAAGCGGAUCGAUUCCCUCUACACUGGCACAACUUAAGAGUCUUGCUUAUGUGGAUUUCUCAAAUAACAACUUCACUGGCUCAAUCCCGCAUCUUCUACACUCAAAGAAUCUUAUCAUCAUAGACUUUUCUCAAAAUGGCUUGACAGGUCCACUUUCUUCUAAACAUUUUGAAGGCCUUCCAAAAAUUGAGAAUAUUGAUUUAGGGUCAAAUUUUUUGUUUGGAAGAAUCCCCCCAUCUCUGUUUUCACUUCCAUCAUUGCGGUUGCUAGAUCUUUCCAACAAUUCAUUUGAUGGUCAAGUUGAUGAAUAUGUUAAUGCUUUUGCCUUACAAUUGGAAACACUUGACUUGAGUUCUAAUUGUUUAAAUGGGUCAAUUCCAGAGUAUUUCUUUAAAUUUUCAAAGUUGAGUCGACUGCUACUUUCUUCCAACUCCUUUGCUGGAAUGAUACAACCAUCUCUGUUUUCACUUCCAUCAUUGCAAAUCCUAGAUCUUUCCUACAAUUCAUUUGAUGGUCUUGUUGAUGAGUAUUGGAAUGUAUCUGCCUCACAAUUGGAAAUACUCGAUUUGAGUUAUAAUCGUCUAAAAGGGUCACUUCCAAAGUACUUCUUUGAAUUUUCAAAGCUUUCACUUCCAUCAUUGCAAAUCCUAGAUCUUUCCUACAAUUCAUUUGAUGGUCUUGUUGAUGAGUAUUGGAAUGUAUCUGCCUCACAAUUGGAAAUUGUUGAUGAGUAUUGGAAUGUAUCUGCCUCACAAUUGGAAAUACUCGAUUUGAGUUAUAAUCGUCUAAAAGGGUCACUUCCAAAGUACUUCUUUGAAUUUUCAAAGCUUAAAGGGUCACUUCCAAAGUACUUCUUUGAAUUUUCAAAGCUUAAUAGUCUCUCACUUUCUUUCAACUCUUUAAGUGGAAGAAUACAACCAUCUUUGUUUUCACUUCCAUCAUUGGUGACACUAGAUCUUUCCAACAAUUUAUUUGAUGGUCUUAUCGAUGAAUAUGUGAAUGUUUCUGUCUCAAAGUUAGAAACACUUGACUUGAGUUUUAAUCGCCUGAAUGGAUCAAUUCCGGAGUAUUGCUUUGAACUCCCAAACCUGACUCAGCUAUUACUUUCAUACAACUCCGGAAGGAUACAUUUUGGAAGUCUCGAAAAGCUCACAAGCCUCGAAGUAUUGAAAAUGGUUUCUUGUGGGUUGCAAAAUUUUCCGGAUCUUAGAAAUCUAUCCAACUUGUUCCGUUUAGAUCUUUCGGACAAUGAAAUUGGAGGGAAAAUACCAUCCUGGAUAUGGGAAGUGGGUAAUGGAAAUCUAAAAAGGCUGAAUCUUUCUCACAAUUUCUUAGAUGGUUUAGAAAAUCCUUACACAUAUCCAAGUGGUCUUUCAGUACUGGACUUGCACUCAAAUCAACUGCAAGGCCGACUUCCCAUUGGAGUAGCUCCAUACCUUGAUUACUCAAACAAUUUUUUCAAUGGUUCCAUCCCAUUUGAUGUUGGAAGUUAUGCUUCAGGUGUUGGUUUCUUGUCUCUUUCAAAUAAUAGCUUCACCGGGAUAAUUCCGGAAUCCAUAUGCAAUGCAAGCGAUCUGGUGGUGCUUGAUCUAUCCAACAACAAGCUAAGUGGCAUGUUUCCAUCCUGUCUACUCAAAUUUGUUAGCAUAUUAAACCUUGGGGAAAACCAAUUCAGUGGUAAGAUACCUAAUUCCUUCCCAAGUACAUGUGCUCUACAAACUUUAGACCUCAGCAGGAAUUCCAUUCAUGGGAAAAUUCCAAAAUCUCUAAAGAAGUGUUCAUCACUGGAAGUUCUGAAUGUUGGGAGCAACAAAAUUGUAGAUACGUUUCCAUGCCAACUGAAGAAGUUAUCAAGCCUGCGUGUCAUAAUCUUGGAAUCCAAUGGAUUUUAUGGUGACCUUCAUUGUGCUAAUGCCAAUCAUAUGUGGCCAAAUCUUCAGAUUAUAGAUGUUGCUUCCAAUAAUUUCACUGGAGAACUCUCCCCAAAGUUGUUAAAUUGGAAACGAAUGGCUAUUGAGGAAGAGCCUAGGCGUAACAUCAGCUUUGACUACUUGAAAUUUAGUGGUUACCAAAUUAAAGUAAAGCUAACUGUGAAAGGGAAGUUGAUGGAAUUUGUGAGAAUUCUCAGAGUCUUCACAUCUAUUGAUUUCUCAUGCAAUAAUUUCCAUGGGGUUAUACCAGAUACAAUUGGAGCUCUCACUUCACUUUACUUUCUUAACCUAUCACACAAUGCUCUCACAGGGAAUAUCCCCAAAACAAUUGGAAAUCUGAAAACGAUUGAGUCCUUAGACCUUUCAGCAAACCAACUAAAUGGAAAGAUCCCAACUCUUGCGAAACUCACAUUCCUUUCAGUCUUGAAUUUAUCAUUCAACAGACUUUCUGGUGUGAUUCCAACCGGCAAUCAACUUAAUACAUUUGGACCAGAUUCUUACCUAGGCAAUCAAGAACUGCGCGGUUUUCCUCUCUCAAAAUGUUGCAAAUCACCACCAAGUUCCAGUGGCGGGAAAUCUCAAAUAGAGUUUGAUGGUGGCCCCUCUAAGAUCAAAUGGGAAUACGUAACUUCUGCUUUGGGAUUCGCUGUGGGUUUAGGGGCGUACUUGUGGAUGCUUUUGCAUAACAAGAGAUGCAGAGAAGCAUACCAACAACUUGAUGAAGUUUUAACACGGCUAUUCUGUCCCCGACAACGCGGAAGAAAAUCUCCAGGACCAAGAGGCAGAGUUCGCAGGAACAGGUUCUGAUAACUCUUGGCUGCAACCUUCAGGUAUGAAUGCUGAGACCAGUGAUUAUGGUGGUGAUACCUCUCAAUCUCUCAUUGUGUGCACUUUUUUGUGUGUUAUUAACAUC